AGUAUCUUUGAAAUUAUCAAGAAGAAUAGAGAAGGUAUUAAUAGCAAUUAUAUUAUAAAGUUGAUUAAUUAUGGCUGAUGAAUAUUUUCAAGAUGGAGUCUCUGGAGAAAGCUUGUGGAUUAAUUCAACAAAAAAUAUUUUUAGUUUGUCAUCAUCAACUAAUUGUGGAUCUUCAAUUCUUGAUCCAAUUAUUGGACAAUAUAAUUUUGCAUGGCCAAAUGAUGAUCAAUUUUUGGACAUGAAAAAUAUGUCAAAUAAUAAUGAUGAUUAUUAUUCUAGUUCUGAUGAUUCUAUAGUUUUUCAAGAAUUUCCCAAAAAUCAUAACUUGGGGAUUAAUGGAAAUUCUUCUUCACCAGAUUGGAAUCCCUCAAUCAAUGUUUCCAUGCUACAAGAAAAACUCAAUUCAAGAGAGAAUUAUCCUAAUCAUAAUGAAUUGAAGAUGAAUUUUUCCAGCAUAAUUAGUGAAGAUAAUUCCUUAAUUAAACCAAUUAUGAAUCAAGAUUUCACUAAUUACUAUUCAGAUUUGCUUCAAACAUUGUUUGCUAAUACUGAUCUUCAUGAAGAGCAACCUCAACAACAAUCUUUCAAUUAUCCAUCAUCAUCCAUAAAUCAUAGACAAAAAUUGAAGGAUUUUGUACCUUCUUUGCCUAAGUUUGAUAUUGAAGAAAUUGGAGAGUCCAAAUUAAGCUCAAUUACCAAGAAUAACACAAAUGAACAAACAAACAAACGGCAGAGAAUUGAGACACCAUCAUCAUUGCCAACUUUUAAGGUGAGAAAAGAGAAACUGGGUGACAGGAUAACUGCCCUCCAGCAAUUGGUUUCACCUUUUGGAAAGACAGAUACAGCUUCAGUUCUCCAAGAAGCAAUUGAAUACAUCAAUUUUCUUCAUGAUCAAGUCAAUGUAUUUAGCAAUCGAUAUAUGAAAAAUCGACCACCCACACAACAUCAACAGGUUAAGGAAUUACAAGAAGGAUUAAAACAAGGGUUAAGGAGCAAAGGACUAUGUUUAGUACCAAUAUCAAGUACAUUCCCAUUAGCAGCUGAGACUACUAUGGAAUUUUGGACACCAACAUUAAUGGGAACAACAUUCAGAUAGACUUCGAGGCGGAUUCAGAUUUUAAAAUUAAUGAGUUCUGAAUUGUGUACAUAUUAAAUGAACAUCUUAAUUAAAUCAAAUACAAAGUUUAGACUGACGUUAUAAUUGAA